AUGUUAUGUUCAGAUGAAGGCUCUAGUAUUACGGCUGGGUCUGUAAAGUCAACCCUUGGGAAGCUACAGUUCAGGCACGGCUCCUCCGCGAGGUACGACAGUGAUUUCGCAAAAGAUCAACCUUGGGUCAAGAUAAGAGGGAAAAUAUGUUCGGAGUUUGUGGAUGAACUUCCUGAAUUGGAUGAAAUCUACCUCACCAAUCCGAAACCCAAACCUGCUGUAACUCCUGAGACAUCAACACCUCCACGGAGUCGACUUACAAGUUCCCCUGCUGGCUCGGCAGCAGUGGCUUCGGUCGCCUCAGAUGGGCCGACCCAGCCGCCCUUCGAGCCGGCAUCAUGGACCCCUCAAUCCUAUCAGUCUCCCACCCAAGUCACAACACCAUUCAAGAGACGUCGAACCAAUGAUACCGACUCAACCUCCUUUGCCUCUGUGGGUCAACCUUCUCCGGUUCUUGCUCGCUUUGGAAAAGGGCCAAGGCCAAAUGCAAUCGACUCUUUACUCCGAGCGGCUGACUUUUCCCAACAAGGAACUGACCAGUCAAAUUUGUUUCAAUCUCCAUCGAAAGUUCAACAGUCUCCUUUCGCAAUUUCGUCACCUGAUUCCGGGGUCUGGCCCCACACGAAUGUUCAGGAGGCAUGUUUGAUGAGAUACUUUAUUGAUGAACUAGCAUGUUGGUUUGAUCUCUGCGAUCCAGAACGGCAUUUUGCCCAGGUCGUCCCUCAAAGGGCGAGAAAUUGUCCCGCUCUUCUCAACGCCAUCUACACUGCUUCAGCAAGACAUCUGUGCCGUCUCGACGAGUACAAAGUUGACGGCACAGUCGAGUACCAAGGCAAACAUCUCGCAGAUCUCCAGAUCGAGACCGCCGUAGAGUAUCAUAGCCUCUGCAUCGAGCAUCUAGUUUCCGUAGCGGAUGAUCCUGAGGCACUUUUCGACGAGGAUCUCCUCGUGGCGUCAAUAAUUCUACGCUUCUACGAGGAAGUAGAUGCUCCUCUUAAUGGCGGAGAUUGGGAAACCGGGCUCCAAGGAACCCAAGUCUUCAUCGAAGCCCAAGCCUCAUCCGGCCCUCAAAGCAGCCUUCGUCGGGCUGCAUUCCGCGUGGCUUGCCGCCAGGAAGUUUACAUGGCGUUCAUCCGCCAACGACCUUUCUGCAUGCCCCUCAACUGCGACGAUUACCGCUCGCUCGAGCCCACAGAUGACGCUACCUGGGCCCAUCGCGUCGUGGUGCAUUGCGCCGACGUCCUAAUGUAUUGCUACGGCGAGCAUCGACCCAAUAACAGUGAUUACGAUGCAUUAGUGGAGUAUCACCAGGGUUGGGAUCGCCUGAGACCUAGGUCCUUUGAGCCGAUGUUCGACAAGGCUCCUGAUCUGAGCAAAGGGGAAGUUUAUCCCGAGUUGUGGUACAUGUCAGACUGCCAUGUAACUGCAGUCCAACAUUUCGAUCUCUCCAAGAUCCUGCUCACGGUAUAUGAUCCCCGAAUACCCCGCUUGGGGCCCUUGCACUGGGCAGCAACAAGGCGAAUAGAGGCCGAAGUCAACACCGUAGUAAAGCGCAUCUGCGGCGUGGCGAUCUUCAACCGCCGAGCGCCGCCCGCAAUGAACACAGCCUGUAUGGCGAUAGCAAUGUGUGGUGAUCAAUUCACUGAGAGCAGAGAUCAGCAGAGUAUGUUGGAUAUUCUGGUGUGGACGGAUACGAAGCAUGCGUGGCCAACGAAGGAGAUUCAGGAGCGGUUGAAGGAAGCUUGGGGGUGGACGAGCUGA